AUGCUCCGCAAGCUGGUCCAACAGCGACUAAACGUGGCCAUCCAGGACAUUUUUCAACUAUUUGAAGAGACUUUAGCCGAGUACCAAGAGGAACUGGGUCGAACAAAAGAGGAGAAUGCGCGACAACGCGAGCUACUGGAAGCUUUUCUACAACCUCAAGUUCAGCUACACGCAAUAGACAACCAGCAGGUAUCGGUGGACACCCAAAAUCCUGUGGGUAGCCCAACGGAACACAUUCACAUUAAAGAGGAAACAUGGAGUGGUCGAGACGAGGAAUCCGACUGCGCCGCCUUUACGCAAGUGGCGGGCGAAUCCACAACACAACAAAGAACCGCUCAAGAACCUUCUGUCAAAACCUCCGAGGAAUUCGAAAUCCAGGAGGUGUCGGUGGACACCCAAAAACAUGAUGGUGGCCAAAUAGAACACCUCCACAUUAAAGAGGAAACAUGGAGCAGUCAAGACGAGGACUCCGACUGCGCCGCCUGCACGCAAGUGGCCGGCGUAUCCACAAAACAACAAAGAACCACUCAAGAACCUUCUGUCAAAACCUUCGAGGAAUUCGCGCCCCCUCGCCCAAAGAUGACCAUCCGGGACGACCCCGAACCCAUCCACAUUAAAGAAGAAGACGAAGACGAUGUCAUUCUGGUCACGCUCGACGCCGAUGACGCCGGCCCGAGCAACGUGGGCGGCUCGGCCGACGGCGUCACGUCCCACUGGUCGGACGAACUCCCCAAAAAAGCCCAAACGCCGUUCCCUUGCUCCGAAUGUGGCAAAAUUUUUGCCAACCGCGGGAUUCUCAACCGCCACAUGAAGAGCCACACCGGCGAGAAACCCUUCUCCUGCCCGGCGUGCGUGAAAACCUUCAGCCGCCGCUACAGCCUCAUCUCCCACAUGCGCUGCCGCCACCCCCAAGUAAAACCGUUCCGCUGCUCCCUGUGCACGCAAACCUUCCACCAGCGUCAAAACCUGCGCUCGCACAUGAAGUGCCACGUCGGCGAGAAACACCUCUCCUGCCCCACGUGCGCCAGCACCUUUUCCAACAAAAGAAACUUACAAAGACACGUCAGCUCCCACACGGAAGAGAAGCCUAUCGUCUGCACCGUUUGCCAAAAGCGCUUCACCGCCAAAGCCCACUUGGUGUUACACAUGCGACUCCACACGGGCGAGAAGCCCUUUUCCUGCGCCGUGUGCGACAGGGCGUUCCCCACAAAGUCGCACCUGAAGUACCACGCCAACACGCACACCGAAGACAAACCCUUCCCGUGUUCCGAGUGCAACCAGCGUUUCGCCCUGAAGGAAAACCUGCUGACGCACAUGGAAGAACACGCCGCCGAGGCCCCGUUCACCUGCGCGACCUGCCCGGCCACCUUCGACAAAAGAAAAGAACUGAUGGUGCACAAUCGCACGCACGCCCGCGAGAAAAAGUUCCCCUGUCCGGUGUGUGCGAGAAAGUUCACGUGCAAGAGCAACAUGAUGGCGCACAUGAGGGGACACACGGGGGAGAAACCGUUCACCUGCCCGUUCUGCAACAGGGGCUUCAUCCAAAAAGGCGACAUGAUGAGACACAGAAUGACGCACACCGGAGAGAGACCGUUCGGUUGCGACGUGUGCCAUAAAAAGUUCACGCGCAAGUUUCUCCUCAAGAAACACAAGUGCCCCGGCGGAAACGACGCCAUCGACGAAUUGAACGAGAGUGAAUGUUUGUGA